AAAAUAUGAUAACACAUCAAUUGCCAGUCGUCGUCCCCACCGCUGGCCGCGCGGAAGCCCGCGAAUAUGUCCCUCGGCGGGACCAGCGGCCCGCGCGUCUGCGCCCGGAUCUGCAAGCUCGCCGGACGCCGCCAGCGGAUGCUCCUCCGCCUCCUCGUCUCCGUCGCCGUGGCAUUCUGCUUCCUCUUCUCAUCACUUGUCAGUAAAGACGAAGAUGCAUCACCUGGUGUUGAGACCAUGCUUGUGUUUUCUGAUCAUGUCCGGAGCUUUGUGAACCCUGUUUGGACAUCGUCAGGCAGACCAGUUGAUAGAAAACGCACUGGACCACGACCUUGUCCAGUUUGUUAUUUGCCAGUUGAGCAAGCACUGGCACUGAGACCAGCUAAACCAUCAUUGUCACCAGUCCUUCAAAGCUUAAAUUAUGUUCUUGAAGAGAUUUUGAUUCCCAAAGAGUCCAAGAGCGGUUCUUUGUUUGGAGGUUUUCCAUCCCUGGAGGAACGAGAUAAGUCUUAUGACAUAAAAGACUCGAUGACUGUACAUUGUGGAUUUGUAAGAGGGAAGGUACCUGGUCUUAAUACUGGGUUUGACAUAGAUGAAGCUGAUCAUUCUGAGAUGCAGCUGUGCCAGAGUACAGUUGUUGCCUCUGCUAUUUUUGGUAACUACAACUUUGGAUUUUUUUUUUCUCGAAUACGCAAGAGAAUUGCGUAUUUUUUAUAUUAA